CUUCGCUGUCCCUGCUCCCAGCAGCGCGGCUCGGGCGUCCGCCGCCGGCAUGGAGACUCGCCGCGUGCGGCAAAAGGCUCUCCGAGUAAAGAACGUAAAGAAAUUCAGAUACAUGAAGUUGAUUUCCAUGGAAACAUCGUCAUCCUCUGAUGACAGUUGUGACAGCUUUGCUUCUGAUAAUUUUGCAAACACGAAACCUAAAUUCAGGUCAGAUAUCAGUGAAGAACUGGCAAAUGUUUUUUAUGAGGACUCUGAUAAUGAAUCUUUCUGCGGCUUUUCAGAAAGUGAGGUGCAAGAUGUGUUAGACCAUUGUGGAUUUUUACAGAAACCAAGGCCAGAUGUCACUAACGAACUGGCCAGUAUUUUUCAUGCCGACUCUGACGAUGAAUCAUUUUGCGGUUUCUCAGAGAGUGAGAUACAAGAUGGAAUGAGGCUGCAGGCAGCCCGGGAGGGAUGCAGGACACGCAGCCAGGGCAGACCCUCCGGCCCUCUCAGAGUGGCCAUGAAGUUUCCAGUGCGGGUGCGCAGCACCAGGAGCGCAGCCAGCAAAAAGCCAGCGCCCCCACAACGCUCAGAGAAUUCUGCCAUCGAUUCCAACUCCGAUUCAGAAGAUGAAAGCGGCAUGAACUUUCUAGAAAAAAGGGCCUUAAAUAUAAAGCAAAACAAAGCCAUGCUUGCAAAACUCAUGUCAGAGUUAGAAAGUUUUCCUGGCUCAUUCUCUGGAAGACCUUCUCUCCCGGGCCCCAGAUCACAGGCAAAGACGCCCCGAAGGCGGACAUUCCCAGGUGUGGCUUCCAGGAGGAACCCGGAGCGGAGAGCCCGGCCCCUUACCAGGUCCAGGUCUCGGAUCCUGGGGUCCCUGAGCGCUCUCCCCGCUGAGGAGGAAGAGGAGGAGGACGACAAGUACAUGCUUGUGAGAAAAAGGAAGGCCUUGGACAUACUGGAUGAUGACAUACCCAGAAGUCGUCGCCCAGGAUCCAUGACCCUUCCCCAUGUCAUUCGUCCGGUAGAAGAAAUCACAGAGGACGAGUUGGAGAACAUCUGCAGCAACUCCCGAGAGAAGAUCUAUAACCGCUCACUGGGGUCUACUUGCCAUCAGUGCCGUCAGAAAACCAUUGAUACCAAAACAAACUGCAGAAACCCAGAAUGCUGGGGCAUUCGAGGCCAGUUCUGUGGCCCCUGCCUUCGAAAUCGCUAUGGUGAGGAGGUCAGGGACGCGCUGCUGGACCCGGACUGGCACUGCCCACCGUGUCGCGGGAUCUGUAACUGCAGUUUCUGUCGCCAGCGAGAUGGACGGUGUGCAACUGGGGUCCUUGUGUAUUUAGCCAAGUAUCACGGCUUUGGGAAUGUGCAUGCUUACUUGAAGAGUCUGAAACAGGAGUUUGAAAUGCAAGUACAUAACACCUAGAAGAUUGCUGUCUGCCUUCCACUUCGCGCACCUUCCUAGCUGAAGUUUCCAGUUCUGUCACUGAUUGAAACCUGAGUUAAGAAUCGUGAUUGGUCAGUUUUAUAGGACACUCAGAUCAGGUUGACCCCAUUAGGCUUGCAGGUGCUUCUAGAACUUCAUGGAAGGCGGUUUGCUAGCGAUGCCUUGCUCUCUUGCCACUUCUCUGGUCCCCUGCCCCCACCUCAGUCCCCUCUGUUGCCAUGGUUUCCUCCUACCACUUAAGUUUCCGAAUUCUUUGUAUCUCUUAAUUGGUGUGUAUGUGUGUGUAUGGUGCUAGGGGUGGAAUCCAGGGCCUUGUGUGUGCUAGGUAAGUGCUGUCCCGCGAGCUGUAUCCCCAGCCCACAAAUUCCUUUUAAAGAACGAUUUGUGAGUGUCUUCUGAUUCAAUUCUUGUUGAAGUAGCCCUGGAACCUUCCCAUAAACCCAAGCACUUAGAAGCAUAGAAGUGUUAACUCAUUGUUCUGUUGAAUUCCACAGAUUACAUUUCUAACUUGUUCACACAGAAACAAGGGGUAUAAUUGAGGGUUCACACUGAUUGACUUUUUAGCAGAAUCAAGGCAUCUAAGUCUUCAAACUGUGUGGAAAAGUUAGGUAAUUGUUGCAAAGUGUGGCGUAUUUCUUCAGAUGCCUCUCAGGAGAACGGAGAACGCUCCACUAUUGUGACUUGGUUGCUGAGGUUAAGUGGUUCACACCGUCAUCCUGAGGUCUGUGGGAAGCAUUGUGCUAUGCUACUUAAAAUUACUGUGGAGAAGACACUUCUGGGGAAUUGGGAUGGUGAAAAAGUUCAGGAAUAGGCUGGUGCGCAUCCUUUGCAUAAAAGUUUAGAAUCAUGGUAUUAAUGACUAGUCUGGAUUUUUGCAGUGUCUUAAAAUGAUCCCUGCCAGUUGCUGUGUAUGGGGUUCAGGUUUUAAGCACUUUUUUAACAGUAAGUGCCUUUUUGGAGAUGGUACCUUUCAAGUUUGUUAACAUGAUGUCUCUCAGUUUUGUCUCAGGGCCUAUUUCGUACAUCACCCCUCCCCUCCCCUCUUGUAUUACGCCAAUCCCCAGGGUCCUGUCUACCUGCACGUGUAGCUGUUGCUCUGCCUGUUGAGUGACAGCUAAUUAGACCUUUGGACAAUAACUGUAAAUACUGCUUUUGAUCUGUAAUGCUCUUUCACACGAAGGUUUUUAUUUUAAUAAUAAAACAUUUUUGUUCAAA